AGAGUCCAGGCUGGAGGAGGAGCUGGCCGGCUGGGGACGCUGGGCUUUGCGGCCAGCGGCAGCGGCGCCGGCGGCGUUGGUAGCUCCAGUCCGGAGCGCCAUAUGAGACGGUUUAAGCGGAAGCAACUAACAGCCAUCGAGUGCCAACAUUUGGCUUGGAGUCAUUUGGCUGUGACCCAGCCCUUCUGUCAGAGAUGGACAAACAGAGAUCCGAACCAUGGUCUUUAUCCUAGACCCAGAACAAAAAGAGGGAGGAGGGGUCGAGGAUGUCAGAGACUCAGGUCUGAGUUCUUUCUAGCUGGCCAGCAGCAGAGCACCAAUGACAUGGCCAAGAGUAGUUCUAUUGGCCAGGACAACUAUCAGGACUCUGAGGAUGACAUGACUGUUCCAGCUGAGAACAGCAGUUCCCUCCCUCGGGAAGCUGAUGGAGAAGUGAGAGUGGGCUCCUCGGCUUCUGCUCUGCCAAUCAGGAAGCGAUCCCGAUCCUUUGAGGAAGAGGGCCAUCAGACUAUGGAGACCAGCCAGCGGGAUGAAGUUUCUAAAAAAAUGCCUCGACGUCUUGCGUCCCUGUCAUGCACAAGGCCUGGGGAGACCAGACAGGAAGCAGAGGAUUGCUUGUCACGUCUCUCUGCAGAACCAGGAGAAACUGACCAAGAUGUAGAGGACAUUGGUCCUGACCCCAUUCCUGAUCCCUGCUAUGGGCUUCUUGGAGCCUUACACUGCGAAGACGCUCCAGGCCACAUUUGUAGCCUGCCCAGGGAGGUUCUGAGACACAUCUUUGCCUUUCUCCCUGUGGAGGACCUCUACUGCAGUGUGAGCUUGGUAUGCCACCUUUGGAGGGAGAUUAUCAUUGACCCCCUGUUCGUCCCUUGGAAAAAGCUGUAUCAUCGAUACCUGAUGAAUGAGGAGCAAGCUGUCAGCAAAGUGGAUGGCAUCCUGCUGAACUCGGGCAUAGAAAAGGAGUCAGACUUGUGUGUGCUGAACCUCAUACGAUUUACAGCCACUACAAAAUGCUCCCCAAGCGUGGAUCCUGGAAGGGCGCUGUGGAGUCUGCGAGACCAUCCCCUGCGCCCCGAGGCAGAGGCCUGUGUGCGUCAACACCUGCCGGACCUCUACAUUGCUGCUGGGGGCGUCAACGUCUGGGCUUUGGUAGCAGCCAUGGUGCUCUUGUCCAGCAGUGUGAAUGACAUCCAGCAGCUGCUCUUCUGCCUCAGGAGACCCAGUUCCACAGUGACCAUGCCAGACAUCACUGAGACCUUGUACUGCAUAGCUGUGCUUUUGUAUGCCAUGAGGGAGAAGGGCAUUAACAUCAGCAAUAGGAUUCACUACAACAUUUUCUAUUGCCUGUAUCUUCAGGAGAAUUCUAGUUCCCAGGUCUCAGAAAGUAAAGAGGAGCCAUCUGUUUGGUCAGGCAAGAAAACAACCAUCCAACUUACGCAUGAACAACAAUUGAUUCUGAACCAUAAGAUGGAACCUCUUCAGGUGGUAAAAAUUAUGGCCUUUGCAGGCACUGGGAAGACCUCUACUCUUGUCAAGUAUGCCGAGAAGUGGUCUAAGAGCAGGUUUCUCUACGUGACUUUCAACAAGAGCAUUGCAAAACAAGCAGAGCUUGUCUUCCCCAGCAACGUCAUCUGCAAAACUUUUCAUUCCAUGGCCUACGGACACAUUGGGCGGAAGUACCAGUUGAAAAAGAAGUUGAAUCUCUUCAAGUUAACACCCUUCAUGGUCAAUUCGGUUCUUGCUGAAGGGAAAGGUGGAUUCGUAAGGGCCAAGCUAGUAUGUAAGACUUUAGAAAACUUCUUUGCCUCGGCCGAUGAAGAGCUGACCAUCGAUCAUGUGCCUAUUUGGUGUAAGAACACCCUAGGACAAAGAGUCAUGGUGGAACAGAGUGAGAAACUGAAUGGUGUCCUUGAAGCAAGCCGACUCUGGGACAACAUGCAGAAGCUGGGGGAAUGCAAAGAAGAAGCUUACCAAAUGACGCAUGAUGGCUAUUUGAAACUCUGGCAGCUGAGCAAGCCUGUGCUUGCCUCUUAUGACGCCAUCUUUGUGGAUGAGGCCCAGGACUGUACCCCAGCUAUCAUGAAUAUAGUUCUGUCUCAGCCAUGUGGGAAGAUCUUUGUAGGGGACCCGCACCAGCAGAUCUAUACAUUCCGUGGUGCAGUCAAUGCUCUGUUCACGGUCCCCCACACUCAUGUCUUCUAUCUCACACAGAGCUUUAGGUUUGGUGUGGAAAUAGCAUAUGUGGGAGCUACUAUCUUGGAUGUCUGUAAGAGAGUAAGGAAAAAGACUUUGGUUGGAGGAAAUCAUCAGAGUGGCAUUAGAGGUGAUACAAAGGGGCAAGUAGCCCUGUUGUGCCGCACCAAUGCCAAUGUGUUUGAUGAAGCUGUACGGGUGACUGAAGAAGUAUCAUCAAGGAUACAUUUGAUUGGGGGGAUUAAAUCAUUUGGAUUGGACAGAAUCAUUGAUAUUUGGACCCUUCUUCAGCCAGAGGAAGAACGGAAGAAACGGAACCUCAUCAUUAAAGACAGAUUUAUCAGAAGAUGGGUGCACAAAGAAGGCUUUAGUGGCUUCAAGAGGUAUGUCACUGCUGCCGAGGACAAGGAGCUUGAAGCAAAGAUUGCAGUAGUUGAAAAGUAUAACAUCAGGAUUCCAGAACUAGUAGAAAGGAUAGAAAAAUGCCAUAUAGAAGACUUGGACUUUGCAGAGUACAUUUUGGGCACCGUGCACAAAGCCAAAGGCUUGGAGUUUGAUACUGUGCAUGUUUUAGAUGACUUUGUGAAAGUGCCUUGUGCCAGGCAUAAUCUUGCCCAACUGCCCCACUUCAGAGUUGAGUCAUUUUCUGAAGAUGAGUGGAAUUUAUUGUACGUUGCAGUAACUCGAGCCAAGAAACGUCUCAUCAUGACCAAAUCACUAGAAAACAUUUUGACUUUGGCUGGGGAGUACUUAUUGCAAGCAGAGCUGACAAGCAACGUUUUAAAAACAGGAGUGGUUCGUUGCUGUGUGGGGCAGUGCAACAAUGCCAUCCCCGUUGACACCGUUCUUACCAUGAAGAAACUCCCCAUUACUUACAGCAACAGAAAGGAAGACAGUGGUGGCUACCUUUGCCACUCCUGCGUGGAGCAGCGUAUUGGGCCUUUGGCAUUCCUGACUGCCUCCCCAGAGCAGGUGCGCUCCAUGGAACGCACAGUGGAAAACAUAGUGCUCCCCAGACACGAAGCCCUACUCUUCCUCGUCUUUUAAUGCUGGGACAUCUCCAUGGUGCAGGGUGGCUUGCUGUGGACUCCACCUGUCGACAGAAGUUUUUGUGGGCUGCAGUUCCCAUGCACCUGAGACUCUGAGUUCAACCACAGAGCAUUGUCUGAAGAAGAAACAAAACAGAGUUGGACCUGCUAUUUCUCAUUCCCUACAGCUAGUCAGUUUCCAUUUUCCUAUCCUCUGUAUGCACAUCACAUCAGGGAAGAAGAGGAGGAUCUUUUGAUAAAAAAUGCAAAACAAAAAAACAAAAAUACUUUAUGUAUUUAAACUUUUAUUACAGGAUUUCAAUUAAACAGGCAUUGCAGCACUGGCAUGCCACUGUGA